AAAGAUGAAAAAGAAAUAGUCAACGGAAUUUUAGUUCUGAUAGAAUUUCGUCGAGAAAAGUUUAGCUCGGUCGCCAAUUCGUGUUCUAACUGUAUAAAGUAAUUUUUAACUAAUUUUUAUUAAAAAAUGUCUAGAGUUAGGAAGUGUCGCGUUCGCGAGUGUGAGACAGAAUCUUCCGGAAGAUUCUUCUCAUUCCCUAAAGGAGAGGAGGAGUUGCUGAAGUGGGUGGAAAAUUUACGGAUCCCACCAACGCAGGAUUUACCCACCCACAAUGCAUUUGUUUGCAUUAAGCACUUCGAACAAAGUGCUGUGGGUGUGAAAAAGUUGAAGGCACAUGCUGUGCCCACCCUAAACCUUGGAUAUGACGAACCCCCUAAGCAUUUGUGGACGGCUCCAUUGCCGAUUCGAAGAUGCUGCAUUACUAAUUGCGUUAACAAGCAGAAAACGCUGUACAAAUUUCCGAAAGAAAAAGAUGUUCGGGAAAGUUGGGCAAAGGCUUGCAACUUAGUUGUGUCACCUUCCGAUAGUCUUUUUAUUUGUCGAAGCCAUUUCGAUUCGCAGUACGUUACCAAGUUUAAACUAUUGCCUGGGGCUUUUCCCUGUUUCAGAUUAGGUUCAGCACUAAGUCGUAGCUCAUCUAGUGCUGACUCUAGUUGGGUGUGCCCGCCCGUUUCUAAUACUUAUGGUCGUCAUGAGGUAGCUGUAGGAAGUAAAGAAGAGAAGGACGACAUAACUUUGAGGGAAUUCGAAGAAUAUUCAAUUUUAGAAGAAAGGAGAUUAGGAUUAGAACCCCAAAAUAACGACGUAGGCUAUGCAUUAGAUAGUCGUGAACGAUUUGCUCGAUCGGCACGUUACUAUCAAAGUAAUGCGCUUAAAUUGAAUAAUAAGAUCAAAGAGUUAGAGGAUAUAAUUAAAGACUUCGAAAAAAGGUGAAAAAUUCUCAAGCGUUUUUGAGAAGCGAUAAUAAAAACUUGGGAAUGCGCGAAUAAAAUAAAGCCUAAUUGCCUGUCACGAAAAUUGCGAUAAAAAAUUAAGACGCGUCCGGUCGUUUUCAAGUUCUUUAAUACAAUAAUUCAUUUGUUCCGUUCUUGGAAUUGCUUAGCCUAAAUCUUAAAACUAACGGCUUAAGCUAGUGGUAAUGUAAAUACAAGGGGUAAGUAAUUAUCUUUCGUUAAAUAUUGUAGUAGAUGAAUUAAGGUAAGUAAUAAAUGAAGGUAAUAUAAAUGUAUCAUUAAGGUAAGUAUGCUAUUUUGUACAAUUCAAUAUUUAUAAUUUAAAUUUCAUUUUUCAUUAUAAUAAUUUAAUAUUUCAUUUUCUUAUGUUUAGUUUUAGAGUUGUAAAGAUGUCGCUUGGCGCAACACCGGCCGCCUUGACAGGAUCAGGAUCCUUCAAUAUCCAUGGGCAAUAAUGCGAGUUUGUGUAUGGGGCGCUUAAUUGUGCCCGCCUUCGUUGUUACGUCUGCGACUCGCACCUUGCCGUCUUGCCCUUCGACGGUUGCGACGACUCGUCCUGUUACCCACUGCUGCGGUGGUGUGUUGUCUUCGUGUACGAGGACGAGGUCGCCGGGCUGCAGAUUCCGUUUCGGGUGUAACCAUUUGGUGCGCUCCUGAAGACCCGUCAGGUAUGUUUUGGACCACUGUCGCCAAAACUGUUGCUUGAGACAGCAAACAAGUUGCCAUCUCUCGCAACAAUGAAUUGGGUCCAUUGCUACCUGUGCUGGUGGGAGUGAUCGCAGGGAGCACCCUAUUAACAGAUGCGCUGGAGUUAACGCUUCGCCGUCGUUGGGGUCCUGGUUCAGAGGUGUUAGGGGCCGAGAAUUGAGGAUUGCUUCCACUUCGGCCAACAGUGUUGAUAGUUCCUCUACUGUGAGGAGCACGUUGCCGAUUGCGCGAACGAUGAGAUGUUUGGCGGACUUCACCGCGGCCUCCCAUAAUCCGCCGAAGUGCGGCGCCCGCGGUGGUAUAAAGGUGAAGCUGAACCCUUCUUCUGCGGCGAAUACCUUCAGUUCCGUUGCUUGGGCCAGAAACGCCUCUUUCAGCUCGCGCAGCUUGCGAUCGGCGCCGACGAAGUUGGUUGCGUUGUCGCUGAACAUCUUCUGGGGCAUUCCUCGGCGACCAAUGAACCUUUUUAGGGCGAAAAUAAAUGAAUUAGUUGACAAGUCUGAAACUAGUUCUAAGUGAACUGCUUUGGAAGUAAAGCAAACGAAAACUGCAAUAUACGUUUUUACGGGUGGUCGACCACGUAUUUUUAACGUUGUAUAUAUGGGACCACAAAAGUCUACGCCACAUAUCAGAAAGGGCCGUAGUGCUCGAAGUCUUUCGACUGGCAAAUUUCCCAUUAUUUGGUUUUGCAACUUCGGCUUGUAAUGAAAACAAUGUAUACAGUUUCUUACGGUUCUACUGCAAGCUUCUCGGGCAUUAAUUAGCCAUAUGCGUUCUCGAAGAAGCGCAACCAACGCUUUUGCCCCAGCGUGGUGGUUUCGAAUGUGCAGGAACCGUAAGUACGUUAUAACGAAGUGCGAACUUUUAUUUAAUAAAAGCGGAAAUUUGGCAUCGUAUGGGAGAGGUGCAUUUAAUAAGCGACCUCCUACUCGGAUUAAUUUGAAUGACAGCGACAUAUCCGAGUACUCAUGCAAAAACGGGUUGAGUUUUUGCAAGUUUGCGGGUAGGGUGGUGCCU